AUGCUACGAAUUAAUAAAACAUUUUUGUUUGAUGCUGAUGGUACCGUUUGGGAUGCAGGUGGUCUCAUCAAGGGCGCAGCUGAGUUGCUUCGUUACCUUAAGCAGUCAGGUCGGCGUGUUUUUCUUGUAACUAAUAACAGUACGAAAUCUGUGGAAAAAUAUUUGGAAAAAUGCCAAAAGUUGGGUUUAUCAAUGUCACCGUCAGAAAUAGUAUGCUCUGCCAAUAUUGCUGCCAACUUUCUGUCCUCAAAAGGCAUUAAAGGUCCUCUCUAUGUGAUCGGUGAGUCAGGCAUAGCAGAAGAGCUUAAUAAGGUUGGAAUCGAACAUUUUGGAAUCGGGGUAGCGUAUGUACCUGGUAUUUUGGUUGGAUUUGAUCGCUACUUUAACUACGUCAAACUCAUGAAGGCAGCAAGUUACUUAUCUCGAGGUUGUCAAUUUUUUAUAACCAAUGAGGAUGCAUUAUUACCAUCUGCCGAUUUCGCUUUGCCGGGAACAGGUGCUAUAGCCGCUGCGGUUCGAAAAACAAGCACUACAGAACCAACUGUUUUUGGGAAACCCUCCAAAGCAGUUUGGAAUUUUAUCAAAGAAAAGUACGGCGGUGACGAGAAAACAACCAUUAUCAUUGGUGACAGACUCGAUACCGACAUCCAGAUGGGAAAGGUGUCGGGACUGCACACGGCCUGCGUCAUGAGCGGUGUUACGUCGGAAUCCCUUCUGGCAGAAGUCCGCUCUGAUCCAGCGAAGGAAGAACUGCUAGGGCCGGAGUUAGUAUUUCCUAGUGUUUUAGAAAUUUAUCAACAACUCAUCGAAGAGGACAAAAUGCCGGCAGAGCAAUAA